AUGGCCACUACCACUGAACUCAUGAGCUCCGCUUAUUCUGCUCUCGAGGCGCAUGCGCAGCUUAUGAAAACUGUCGAAGCUGGGCACCAUCGUCGACGCGCGUUGAUUUCCAACCUUUCGCCCAGUGCCACUGCUGGGAUCUCGUUUCCUGACCUUCCAUCCCGCCCCAUUUCUCCCGAGUCUCCAAAUGCAGAGAGCAAGGAACAGGACGUACAUUACGAACGGCGUCAGAGGCAGCUACGACGAACAGAUUUACCACCAGAGAAGAUGGAAAAGGUGAAAAGGUAUCAUAAUUAUAUACCAGAAGAGGAGACAAUUCGAAACGAUUACUCGCAACAGUAUGUCGAUGGAGGUGACUGGCCGCAAAAUUGGGUGCUUGGAGCAGAGUUGGAGCACCGUUUCGAGGAAUACCCAAAGCAGCGUCGUCUGUUGGAAUUGAAACAACUCGCAGUCAAGUCUCAGGCGCAUCCUCCUGCACACCUCCCACUCUCAUCCUUGCAGUCGUUACACCCUUGCAAGUUCGACGUGAUCCUCAUUGACCCACCGUACUCGGACACAUCGAUCAAUCCGCCUUAUGGAGGUAUUGACUGGGGACAAAUUGCUGAACUCCCUGUACCGGCACUCUCAGCGGAUCCAAGCUUCGUAUUUCUCUGGGUUGGACACGGCAACUCGGAUGGUCUAGAAAGAGGAAGGGAGGUGCUUGCCAAAUGGGGGUUUCGACGGUGCGAGGACAUCGUGUGGGUUAAGACGAACAAGACAUCAAAUCGUGGACCAGGUACAGACCCACCUCCCAUUGGAGGUAUCAUGACUCGCACAACCGAGCACUGCCUGAUGGGUAUUCGAGGAACCGUCAGACGUUCAACCGAUGGGUGGUUCGUCCAUUGUAAUAUUGAUACGGACGUUAUCAUCUGGGAAGGGGACCCGACUGAUGGUUUGAGAAAGCCACCGGAGAUGUAUUCCUUGAUUGAAAACUUUUGUCUUGGGACUCGACGCCUGGAGAUUUUUGGGCGGGCAUCUUCACUUCGUCCUGGAUGGGUCACGGUCGGUGACAUAGAUGAUGCCGCCUAUGAAUUAGAAAAGGUUGACGGAAGGCCGUGGGAUAGAGAGUGGUACGAUCAGGACGUCCGUCGGCAGGUCGAACUGGGAAAUGGCAAGCCAGUGGUCGUAACAACUCCAGAGAUUGAGCAAUUGCGACCAAAGUCACCCAACCGACCAGACAGGACAAAUCAAGCAUCUGGUUCCUCGACUCCGUCUCAAGGCCGCAUGAAUAACUCUGCACCACAGAUGCAGAACAUGGUACCGAAUCAGCAAAUGCAGAUGAUGCACGGUGGGAUGCACCAUAUGCAGGCAGGGCCAGGACCGGUGGGCAUCCCCGGCUUCAGCUCACCGGGCAUGGUGCCCAUGAUGGGAGCCAACUUCAACCCAGGAUUUCCGCAGGGAGAAGGGAUGAUGAUGCAACCCAACAUGCAACCGAUGAUGGGAAUGGGCAACUCGCCAAUGGGGGGAAUGCGACCGUCUCUACCAGCGAAUCCUAUGCAGGCCCAGCCUAUGAUGGGUGCACCUAUGAAUCCUAUGGGGAUGACAGCGCCUAUUAUUCUUCCUCAAAACGCACCCAUACGCUUUGGGGGUGGCCCUAUGCAGAAUCUCCAGAUACCAAAUGCGAUGGGAGGAGGGAUGAUGAUGCCAAACAUGAUGGGUCCUAUGCAGGGUAUGCAGCCUGGGGGUAUGGGGAUGAAUAUGCAAGGCGGGGCCAUGCUUCUUCCUUCUGGUCCAAUGAGUGGGAUGCAAAUGGGCAUGCAGCCACCUCAAAUGAACCCAAUGGUUCCUGGGAUGAAUGGUAUGCAGUUUAUGAACAAUAAUCGGAACUGGCAGCCCAACAACCCACAAGGCGGGAACUGGAAUCCAAACCAGAACUAUUAG